AUGGCGGAAAUUGCUGUGUCAUUAGUUAUUGACCAACUUCUUCCACUCUUAAAGGAAGAAGCCAAGUUGUUGAGAGGUAUUGACAAGGAGUUUGCAGACAUUAAAGAUGAACUUGAAUGUAUUCAAGCGUUUCUUAAGGAUGCUGAUAAAAGAGUUUCAACAAUUGAAGGAGUCAAAACAUGGGUGAAGCAAGUUAGGGAAGCAGCUUUUCGCAUUGAAGAUAUCAUUGAUGAUUAUAUGAUCCUGGUGGGACAGCAGCCUCUACAUCCUGGCUUUCUAUCUUUACUCCAUAAGGUCAAAACUGUUAUCCCUCGUCGUCGAAUAGCGUCCGAGAUUCAAGACAUUAAGUCAGAUGUACGAGGGAUCAAGGAAAGAAGUGAAAGAUAUGGCUUCCAAAGUUCUCUUGAACAAGGACCAAGCAAUUCCAAAUGGCAUGACCCCCGAUUGGCUGCUCUUUACAUCGAAGAAUCUGAAUUUGUGGGCUUUAAAGAGCCAAGGAAAAGAUUGAUUGAUUGGAUGGUAAAGGGAAGGGAUGAGCGCACUGUAAUUUCUGUUGUAGGAAUGGGAGGGCAAGGAAAAACCACUCUUGCCAAGAAAGUUUUUGACAGCAAGGAUGUAGUCCGCCACUUUGAUAUUCAUGUUUGGAUCACAGUAUCUCAAUCAUAUAACGUUGAAGACUUGCUGAGGGAGAUGCUGAUAAAGUUUUGCAAACAAAAAGGAGACAUUGCUCCGAGGGAUAUUUCUCAAAUGGAUCGAGGGUCAUUGACCAAAGAAGUGCGAAACUACUUGCAGCAAAAGAGGUAUAUUGUCAUGUUUGAUGAUGUUUGGGAUGUACAUUUUUGGGAUGCUAUUAAAUUUGCUGUAAUUGAUAAUAAAAAUGGAAGUAGGAUAUUUAUCACAACAAGAAACCUAGAAGUUGUGAUGUCUUGUAAAGAAUCUUCUUUUGUUGAAUUGCUUGAGUUGCAGCCUUUAACUCAAGAACAAUCUUUGGAGUUGUUCAAUAAGAAGGCAUUCCAAUUUGACUAUGGUGGGUGUUGUCCAAAGGAGCUGAAUGAUAUAGCUUGUGAAAUUGUUAGAAAAUGCAAAGGAUUACCACUAGCAAUUGUUGCCAUUGGUGGUGUUUUGUCUGCAAAAGAUAAAAAUGUUUUUGAGUGGCAGAAAUUUAAUGAAAAUCUAAGCUUAGAGCUUUUGAAAAGUACACAUUUAAUUGGGAUACAAGAAAUUUUAGGCUUAAGUUAUGAUGAUUUGCCUUACCAUCUCAAGCCAUGCUUGUUGUAUUUUGGAAUAUUUCCUGAAGAUCAUAUUGUUAGAUCAAAGAAAGUGAUUCGACAAUGGAUAGCUGAAGGGUUUGUGAAGGAGGAAAAUGGGAAGACUUUGGAAGAAGUUGCAGAAGGAUAUUUAAUAGAGUUGAUCCAUAGAAGCUUGGUGCAAGUAUCCUUGCUUCGAAUUGAUGGUAAGGUUAAACGUUGUCGUGUUCAUGAUCUAAUACGCGAGAUGAUCCUUGAAAAAAAUGAGGAUUUAAAUUUUUGCAAGCAUAUUAUUAGUGAUGCUGGACAGUCAUCCUUGAGUGGAAAAUUUCGGCGCUUAUCAAUAGCAACCACUUAUGAUUUUUUUCCGCAUAUUGAAGGCUUCCCUGUCCGGUCUCUAUUUUUUUUUGAAAAUGGAGAACCAUAUAAACAUUGUAAGAGGAGAAUCCCUACACCUACCACAUACAGGCAUCAACACAAAAUCCUAAAAUCAAUUGGCAUGCUCCAGAACCUAGAGACUUUGGAGGUAAAGGGUGCCAUCCGUGAGUUGCCAAAGGAGAUUAGCAAGCUCAGAAAGUUAAGACAUCUUAGUAAAUCUGAACUGUCUUUGAUCCAAUUAAAGGAUGGUAUUGGCAAGAUGACGUCCCUACAAACACUUCGAUAUGUUGAUUUAGGUAUGGAUGGAGUAGCAGAGGUAAUUAAAGAGUUAGGGAAGUUGAAGCAGCUAAGGGAUUUGGGUUUGGUUAAUGUUCGCACACAGGAUGGAAGCAUUUUGUCCUCCUCAAUCAAUGAAAUGUGUUACUUGGAGAAACUAUAUGUUUCAUCAAGUAUGACCGGUAAUGGCUAUGAUGUCAUUGAUUUACAUCUGAUUUCAAUGCCAACUAUGCUUCGCAAACUUACACUGAGUGGGAGGCUACAGAAGUUGCCAGAGUGGAUUUUAAAGCUUCAAAAUCUUGUUCAAUUGAAGUUGAUGCACUCCUAUUUCACUAUAGAUCCAAUUAAAUCCCUAAAAAGUUUGCAAAACUUGUUGAUGCUCUCUAUAUGCUUUACACCGUGUUUCGAGGAGUUAGAGUUGCAUUUUGAAGAUGGAUGGUUUCAGAAACUAAAGGAACUGCAUGUUGGAUAUGUGGAUGCAAUGAGAGAUAUUAUCAUCGACAAAGGAGCACUGCCUUCUCUUACAAAGCUUGAGUUAAUAGUACAGUGCGAACUGAAGAGUAUACCUACUGGCAUCGAGCACUUGGAGAAGCUAGAGGUUCUCUAUAUUCAAACCGUUAUCAUCCUAAGUGGUAAUAAAGGUGUUGAGCUUCAAGUGCAACUCAGAUUCUCCACAUGGAAUUUUACUACAGCACUUUGGGACUUUAAUAAUGGUGUAUGA